UUUCUCCUCCUCCUGCCUCCGCGGCCGCUGCCAGACCUCGCCAGUUCAGACCCACGGGGCUGCCCUCCCCUGCUCUCUCCCCUCGCUGCCCGGGCCCGGAGCGCAGCACGGCCGCGCAGAUUCACGAUGUUGAAAGUCCUUUUCCUAACUAUGCUGACUCUGGCGUUGGUCAAGUCACAGGACACCGAAGAAACCAUCACAUACACGCAAUGCACAGAUGGAUAUGAGUGGGAUCCUGUAAGACAGCAGUGCAAAGAUAUUGAUGAAUGUGACAUUGUCCCAGAUGCUUGCAAAGGUGGAAUGAAAUGCGUCAACCACUAUGGAGGAUACCUCUGCCUUCCUAAAACAGCCCAGAUUAUUGUCAACAAUGAACAACCUCAGCAAGAAACACCAGCAGCUGAAGGUGUGGGUGCAGCUGCAAAUGCAGCUGCAGCCUCAGGUGCAGGCACUGGAGGAGUAGCAGCCAGUGGCAUGGCAACCAGUGCAGUGGUGCCAGGGGGUGGUUUUGUCGCCAGUGCUGCUGCUGAAGUUCAGACUAGCCGGAAUAACUUUGUCAUCCGGCGGAACCCAGCUGACCCUCAGCGCAUUCCCUCCAACCCUUCUCACCGGAUCCAGUGUGCAACAGGCUAUGAGCAGAGUGAGCACAACGUGUGCCAAGACAUAGAUGAAUGCACUGCAGGGACACACAGCUGUAGAGCUGACCAAGUGUGCAUCAAUUUACGAGGUUCCUUCACCUGUCAGUGCCCUCCCGGCUAUCAGAAGCGAGGAGAGCAGUGUGUAGAUGUAGAUGAAUGCAGCAUCCCUCCAUAUUGCCACCAAAGGUGCGUGAACACACCAGGAUCAUUUUAUUGCCAGUGCAGCCCUGGGUUUCAGUUGGCAGCAAACAACUAUACCUGUGUAGACAUAAAUGAAUGUGAUGCCAGCAAUCAAUGUGCUCAGCAAUGCUACAACAUUCUCGGUUCAUUCAUCUGUCAGUGCAAUCAAGGAUAUGAGCUAAGCAGUGAUAGGCUCAACUGUGAAGACAUUGAUGAAUGCAGAACCUCAAGCUACCUGUGUCAAUAUCAAUGUGUCAAUGAACCUGGGAAAUUCUCAUGUAUGUGCCCCCAGGGAUACCAAGUGGUGAGAAGUAGAACAUGUCAGGAUAUAAAUGAGUGUGAGACCACAAAUGAAUGUCGGGAAGAUGAAAUGUGUUGGAAUUAUCACGGCGGCUUCCGUUGUUACCCACGAAAUCCUUGUCAAGAUCCCUACGUACUAACAUCAGAGAACCGGUGCGUUUGCCCAGUCUCAAAUGCAAUGUGCCGAGAACUUCCCCAAUCCAUAGUCUACAAAUACAUGAGCAUCCGAUCUGAUAGGUCUGUGCCAUCAGACAUCUUCCAGAUACAGGCCACAACCAUUUAUGCCAACACUAUCAAUACUUUUCGGAUUAAAUCUGGAAAUGAAAAUGGAGAGUUCUACCUAAGACAAACAAGUCCUGUAAGUGCAAUGCUUGUGCUGGUGAAGUCGUUAUCAGGACCAAGAGAAUAUAUAGUGGACCUGGAGAUGCUGACAGUCAACAGUAUAGGAACCUUCCGCACUAGCUCAGUGUUAAGAUUGACAAUAAUAGUGGGGCCAUUUUCAUUUUAGACUUUUUAAAGAGUCCACUAGAGGCAUUUAAAUCAGCCAAAGAAUAUUAUUAUCUUAAAGCACUAUUUUAUUUAUAGAUAUAUCUAGUACAUCUACAUCUAUAUACUGUACACUCACCAGUAAUUCAAACAAUUACACCAUGGUAUAAAGUGGGCAUUUAAUCUGUAAAAAUUCAAAGUUUGUCUUUAUUAAUGUAUGUAAAUUAGACAUUAAUCCACUAAACUGGUCUUCUUCAAGAGAGCUAAGCAUACUCUAUACAAUGAAACUUGGAUUCUUUUCUGUAAAAGUGGGAGCAAGCAAUAAUUAUCUUCUGUGGUGCUUAAGGAAACUUACCUACAGCUCCAGUGACAGCCUCAUAAGGAGGCAGCCAUCAUAACAUUGAACAGCACGCAAGUUCAAGAAUGAGUUUUUUAACUGCUUUGUAAGAAAAUGGAAAAAGUCAAUAAAGAUAUAUUUCCUUAGAAAAUGAAGAUAUACCAUACUUGUGUUGGCUUUUAUUUUCAUGAUCAGUCUAAAUGUGGUUGUUUGUUACAUAGUAAUACAUCAUUACUGAAUAAUAUACUGGUUUCUAUAUUUUCAAUUUUGUCAGAAAUUUUUGUUAUGAAUGUAAAAAAAAAAAAUCAAAAUUCCCAAAAUGAAUAAGGUAUCCCCUAGAAAAUCAUUAUAUUGAGAAAUCUACAGGGUGGAAAUGAGAAAACAAAUUCUUUCUAAACAACUUUAGAGCUGACCUGAAGAAGCAAACUCAGUGCAUCAGUCAGUUCCCAUUGCUAUAACAAAAUGUUACAGGCUGGAUGGCUUAUAAACAACAGAAAUUUAUUUUUCACGGUGUGGAAGCUAGAAAUCCAAGAUCAAGGUGACAGUAUGGUCAGGUUUUGAUGAAAGCUCCCUUUUGGGUUGCAGAUUCAUAUCCUCACAUGGUAGAAAUAGAGCAAAAGAGCUCUCUGGGUCCCUUUUAUAAGAGUAUUAAUCCCAUCCAAGAGCGUUCCACUCACCUGAUCAAAUUACUUCCCCAAAGCCUCAGUUUCUAAUACCAUCACAGUGGGAGUUAGGGUUCCAAUAUAUGAAUUUGGGGAGGACAGAAACAUUCAGUCCAUAACUUUCAAUAAAUGUAGUGACAUUUCUGAAUUCGGGACUUCCGUAAGAUGUAAAGCAAAAUAAAAACAAAGAUAUUUUUCUGAGGAAGUUUUGAUUUCUAAAUAAAAUUAAAACCCUAAAACUUCUCUAACUUAUUACCAAUAUUUCUCAUCUUUAUAUUUGAUGCUCACAGAGGAAGGAAAUGGUGUUGGUUCUUAUUCCUGACAUCCGGAGUGACAGUGAACUAAAUCGAAUUACCCUCCUUCCUAAUUCUAUGAAAAAGUUUUAUGUCUUCUUAUUUGUUUAAAAUGUAACUACUUUACUUUGAUGUAUUAUAUUUUUAAAUAAAAAUAAAUAUUGUUUUAGAGGAU